CUCCUUGUUGUCUUAUCUUGUGUAAUUGUGUUAGGGUUUUGUACUACUUAGAUUUUCUCUGGGUCUUAUCUUUCCAGCAUCAGGUGCUGAUAGAUCUUUUGAUUCUUGGGUGCACUUUUCUGUAUUUUAGAGUUAUGUUUUACAAUGCAUAUAUUUUGCUAAAGGCUUCUAAUUUAACAGCUAGAGUAAUUAGGAAAUCCAAAUGGCAUCACACUGAUGUAUAACCACUCUUUUGCUGGCCCAGUGAAGGCAUCAUGGGUUUUCUUCUUGCCUGAUAACCCAACUAUUUUUAAUUGCUAUACAGACACAUGCUCGAUGAAGUAUUUGUUACCCUCUAUUGUUAUUGUAAGUUAUGUUAUUUCAUUGUUGGCAUUUUUUGCUGAAUUGUUUCGAAAACUAGGUUAAGAAAUUUAAUAUCUCCUUAAAGCAGAGUUAAGAAUGAAAUAGGAAAAUUAUCUGUGAACUGUGCUCGUGUGGUUGAGGGGACUGUGUGUAGAACAGACCUCCUGUACAAAAAGGUUGCUGCUCUGCCUUCUGAACCAUCCCCAUAGAGGAUCCACAGGGGAGCCCUGGGACCAGAUUCAUGUUUUACUAAUCCUGCCCUUGCAGUCUUAAGCAACUGGUACUAGGACUGUCGUUCUUGUCAUCUGUACAUGAAUGUAAGCCCUACUGCAAACAUCUGGGAGAGAGGGCUUCAGAUGUUAAUCUGGUCGGUAGGGGCACAGGAAGGGUCUGAGCAAUGGGUCCUUGAGAACAUUUGGAAAUACUCCAGUGACACCAGGUUAUUCUUUAACACUUAAGACAACAAAGGGACGAUUAAUUCCAGAUUGUCUGAGGAGCCAAGAAUCAGAGUUCAGCCAUAAGGUUUUGGUUGGGAAGAAAGUCAGGAGGGAUCAUUCUGUACUCUUUAAAUUCUAAACUUGAAAUAGCAAUUAAUUGACUCAGCUGUUGUCUUACAGGUGCUAGUCAGAGUUAGAGCUGCAUCCUGCCCACCUGCAGUCAGGCAGCUGAUGAGUGCUGCAGGAUCCUGCCACACUCCUUGCCAUACAGGCUGGUGGGGGAUGCACAGAACUCAUGUGUGGCUCAUGCCUUCCCUGGAUGUGAGGACUCACACCACACAGCCCUUCUGUUUCUGAGCAGCUUUUAUCUAAACAAAGUGUUACAGGCAGCUGCAGUUCAUUGAAUAAUAAAAAAUUAAUAAAAGGGCAGCACAAAUGAGGGUUGCUCUGUGAAGGUUGCCCUAAAAUUCACAGUAGCUUUUAACAGAGUUGCUGUCAGCAGUUUUGAUUUUCUAGGACAGAAUCCUACCUGGGCCUUUUCUUAAACCUUAAAAUAAGUCAGAAUGAUUUAGCUGUUUUAUAGCAAUUGCUAUUAAAUUUCAGGAAAUGUGCACUUAACCUGUGCUGUACCACCUGUAGAGUGUACAGGCUUUGUAAGAGCCUGGGCUUCUGAUGAUGGCUUUAAGCAGUUUGUGACAAUGCUGAGAAUGUGACUGUCCACUCUGCCAGAUAAACUGCUUUGCUUGAAUCUCCUCCUGCUUCCUGAGCCCCAGCUAUAGGGAAUGCAGAGAUCUCGGUGAGGAUGUGGUUCCACAGCCCUGCCCCACCCCCGUGUGCCGGUGUGUAGCCGUUUAUUGAAUGAACUCUGUGGGUGGUGCCAAGGCAGUAGCGGCCUCAUUGGUGCCUCAGAUAUGUUGCAAUUUCCAGGUCUGAUGUUUUUUUCCAAGUGUACAGGCAGUGUGAGGAGAGGAAUGCUUUCUUUUCCUGUGCUCAUUACGAGGUGACGCCUGCCGAGGUGAGCAGGGCUUGUUGUUGAACAGAGUGCAUCAGCAAGUGCAUGCAGCUGAUUUUCACCUAAGACCAGGCUGGAGAGAGCACUCUUGCAGGAGCCUUGAUCUCUGGGAGUUCUGAAGGCUGAAAAAAUUGCAGAUCACAAAAUUUUCACCAUGAAGAGCUCCAGAAGUGUUUUCUAUCUUCUCUUCUUUCACGCUGGUAAGUGUCCUCCAAAAGCUUUUGCUGUGCCAUGGGAACUCUGUGUGAUGUGAGAGAGCAGAAGGAACCACUCUGAACCACUUCAGAGCCAAUCUCACAUGGCUAGGAAAAUAGAAGGAAGUAAUAGAAAAGCAGUAGAAAAGGCUGUAUUGAACACCAUGCAUAUAUCUUGACUCAUUGGUAUCAAAUGUUGUAUUUCCUCAGCACUGAAUCAAUUUCUGGUUCAGUGGUGUCUGUUUUUCACAACAAUGAGCAGUUCUAUGACACUUUGUAAAAACAGAAAUAAUUGCUUAAUUUCACUUCUCAUGCUCUGUGCAACAUGUUGGCUUUUUCCUGUCACUCCCAAAUUGUAUUGGUGAGUGCUUUCAAUUUCACCAGAGGUGUAGGCACUGUUUCUGAAGCACUCUUCAGUUCUUCAGAAAACAAAUGAUCCUAGUUAAUUAUUUUUCCCCCCAUUUUUUUCUGUUGAAAGCCCUUGACACUGUAGUAGUAGCUGUAUAAAUAGCCAUUUGAUGUUACACAAUGUAGUGCCAUUACUUUGAGGAGUUAUUGGGAUGUUUGUCAGUGAUAGUUCUGGCUGUGUUAGGAUUCUGAGCAUAUUUCAAAUGGAAGUUGCCAGCUUCUGCCAUUUUAAGCUUUAUAUAUAUAUAUCUACUGAUAUACAGAAAGGCCAAAAUUGAGAAUAAACUUGGGUUCAGACACUGACCUGAUGUUUUAAGCUGAUUUUCCUUGGCAGUAGAAAGAGAGGCUAACUGCAGGCCGUGUCUGUGCUCAAGCCCAUUUCAGAUGGGCUAACUUGUAAGGAAGGAGCUAGGAUAUUGCCCAGAUCUGACUUUCCUCUAACAAAAUUCAGCAAUUUGGAAAGGGACCAAUAAAGCCUUGGUUUUGAUGAGUGAGAAAAAACCAGUGGAUUCAUGCUGUUUCACUAUUUUGGCUGAAUUACAGAGCUAAAGGACUUUAUGUUUCAGGUGUAUGGCUGAUGAUUUUUUUAUACUUUUGUGCUUUACCCCCUGUGUGUCUGUAUGUAAAAUCAGAAAGCUGAGGCUGAAAAAUGGCACUUAGCAUACAUACGCACUGAGAGGCUGAGUCCCCAGAUUAAUUUCUCUUUGCUUAUGUUUAUAAAAAGAAAACCCCAAAAUGAAAAACAGGAUUUUUCUUCCACUCCCAAGGAAUUAAUUAUGAAAAUUUCACCCCGACAGAUGAGGUAGUACAAACAUUAAGUUUUUGUGAGGUGUAUUUUUACCAUGACCUGUUGUAGCUUUCUCCCAACCCUCCUGGUUCUCAGAAUUCCUGCAGCUCAGAGGUGGGCAGUUGUUUCUCCUUUUGCUGGCAUAUGCUGCCAUGAAAACUUCCUGUAAGCUUUCCAAGUCUGACUUAGUAUUUGUUGACAGCAGUAGUGUUGGCUCUGUGUCACAGAGGAGCAGCAAGCCAAACCCAGUGUUUCACUAUUGGAUCUUUUGGCAUCAACAAUGUUGUUUAGUCUGCAGCCAGGAAGUCAGAAGAUGUGCAGGGAGCACUGUCAGACACUGUUUUUAGCUUGCACAGUCAGGUGUGGCAUCUCGGCUCCAUGCACUGGGGGGGAAGUAGAGGGCCACUUGGAGGUAUUAGAAAACCACAUGAUAAAUGGUUUACAGCAGGCUCCAGCUUAAAAAUGGAAAUUGUAGACAAGCAGUGGAAUAUUGUGUCCCUGCUGACGAAAAUGACCGUGCCUGUUUGUCCCACGCCUGCGUUUCCAUUUCACCGCACUGUCUGCGCACGGUGACCUCUCCCCACAAAAGCAGCCAAGUGUUUGUAGCUUUGGCACUCAGGAGGGUGAGGUUUGGGGCUGCUGAAAGGCACCUUUCUUUGCUAAUUAAUGGAAAUCUCCACUACUCAACUUCAGUCUUUUCAUUCAUGGCUCUGCCCUCCCCUUUUCCUGACUGUGGUUACGAUCUCUUAUGAAAGACUGUUUUGAAGGGCCAAGUUUACUUUUCUAGUUUUCAUAACAAGCCUAGUGGCAAGGCUUUUGAGCACCUAAGGUUGCUUUUUUAAUUCAGACCAAUAAGGGCUGGUGCAGGACUCCAGAUACGAACUAGCAAUACUCAAAACAAGAGUUGUCUUUGGACAGUCCCUUUGGUUUUGUAGCAUGUCAUUUUAAGUAAUAGUUUCACAUGGUUUUAACUUGAUUAUGAUGGUGUAUUCUGCAAGGUGUUUAAAACAGUCUGGUUGCCCUGACCUAUUCCAUGGUACCUGUAUUUCUUAUGUCAGAAACAAAUGCCAUUGGAUUUCAGUAUCUGAGUCUAAUCUUGUGGUCAGUCCAAAAAAACUUCAGUAUUCAUGUUAAUUGGAAUGAAAGUGGAAUCACCUCUAAGGACUCACAGUGAAGUGAGCCCUGAUUUUUUUCUGUUUGGGGGGAGAAGCAGAAGGAAAGUUUGUCUCUGCAUGGUGAGCUCUGUUCCAAAAGCUCAGAUGGGUUUUGUAAUACUUUCUCUUGGUGCUGUGUUUGCAGCUCUCGGCCUGGAGCGAGUCCGGUGGUGCACGGUGUCUGAACCAGAACUUUCCAAGUGUAAUGACAUGAGCAAGGCCUUCAGUGAGGCUGGCAUCCUUCCCCCUCUGGAGUGUACAGCAGGGGGGUCAGCUGCUAACUGUACCCAGAUGAUCAAGGAUGACUUGGCAGAUGCAGUGACCCUGGAUGGCCGUUGGAUUUUCCAGGCUGGAAGGGAGCAUGGUCUGAAACCUGUGGUUGGGGAAGUAUAUGAUCAAGAGAUUGGAACUUCCUAUUAUGCUGUGGCUGUGGUAAAGAAAAGCUCCAACAUCAGCAUGGGGAGCCUGAAGGGAGCGCGCUCGUGUCACACCGGCAUCAACAGGACUGCGGGCUGGGACGUGCCCGUGGGGCACCUCACUGCCACCGGGCACCUGGCACCAAUGGGCUGUGACCUUCCUCAAGCUGUAAGUGCCUAUUUCAAUGCAAGCUGUGUUCCUGGAGCAAAUGGUAUGAACUAUCCCAAAUCCCUCUGUCAGCUCUGCAAAGGGGACUCAGAAGGACAGAACAAAUGUGAACUAAAUUCCCAAGAACAGUACUAUGACUACAGUGGGGCUUUCAGGUGUUUGGCUGAAAAUGCUGGAGAGGUUGCUUUUGUGAAGCACAGCACAGUGCCUGAAUAUACAGAUGGGAGAAGCCUUUCCUCCUGGGCCCAGCGGCUGCGCUCCUGGGACUUCCAGCUGCUGUGUAGGGAUGGCAGCAGGGCUGAUGUGACAGAGUGGAGGAGCUGCCACCUGGCCAGAGUCCCUGCUCGGGCCGUGGUUGUGCGCCCUGACACAGACGGGACAGUUCUCUUCCAGCUCCUCAACCGGGGACAACAAAGAUUUAAUGGGGUGGGUGCCAAGUUUCAGAUGUUCGACUCUGCCGUCUACGGUGCCCAGAAUCUUCUGUUCCGAGAUGCCACCACAGAGCUUGUGGCAGUCACAGCUCAGAAUUACCAGGCAUGGCUGGGUGAUGAGUACCUUCACGCCAUGCAAGCUCUGAACUGCAACCCCAAUACAAUGCCAGAAAGCCUGAACUGGUGUGUUGUGUCCACUGAGGAGAUUUGGAAAUGUGGUGAAAUGGCCGUUGCCUUUAGAAAAAAGAAUUUGAAGCCAGCAAUUCAGUGUAUUUCAGCCAAGACAAAGGAAGAGUGCAUGGAGCUGAUCCAGAAAAAGGAAAGUGAUGCUGUAGUUCUGGGUGGAGCUGAUAUUUACACAGCUGGGAAGACAUAUGGCCUUGUACCAGCUGCUGGAGAAAGUUACUCUGCUGAUGACAGCAGCAAUGCAUACUAUGCUGUGGUGUUAGUGAAACGAAAUCUGUCCAAUGCAUUCACCAUCAGUGACCUGAGAGGGAAGAAGUCCUGCCACACAGGCCUGGGGAGAAAUGCUGGAUGGAAUAUUCCCAUUGGUGUACUAAUUAAGAGGGGGAUUAUUAAGAACAGAGACUGUAAUAUUCCUCAAGCUGUGAGUGAGUUUUUCUCUGCCAGCUGUGUCCCUUCAGCUGAGCAGGACAAUUACCCAGCAAAGCUCUGUCAGCUGUGUAUUGGAGAUGAGAGUGGAAACAACAAAUGCAGCGCAAGUAGCCAAGAACGUUACUACAGCUACAGUGGAGCCUUCAGGUGCCUGGUAGAGGAUUCUGGGGAUGUGGCCUUUGUGAAGCACUCUACAGUGUUUGAGAACACAGAUGGUAAAAACACUGCUAGUUGGGCCCAAAAGUUGAAGUCCAGUGAUUUCCAGUUACUGUGUCCAAAUGGUGCCCGUGCUGAAGUCACUCAGUUUGCCAGUUGUCACCUGGCUCAGGUGCCAGCUCAGGCUGUUAUGGUUCACCCAGAUGUCAAUGUUUUUGCUCUAUAUGGACUACUGGACAGAGCCCAGGUCUACUUUGGAAAUAGCAGCAAUGGAAAUGGAUUCAAAAUGUUUGAUUCUUCAGCUUUUCAAGGAAAAGACUUGAUUUUUAAGGAUUCUACUGUUGAGAUUGUGCCAGUGAAAGAGAGGAGAACAUACACAGAAUGGCUGGGGAGUGAAUAUAUUGAGUCCCUUGAAGGGAUGCAAACACCCCAGUGCUCUGGGGCAGGUAAUAAGAUAACACAAUACUCACUCAUGGCUACUGUCAUUCCCCUCCUUGCCCUGUGUCAGAUACAGGGCUUGGACUAGCACAGUCCAAGUGGGAACUUCCAGGCCACCUCUGCCCUGCCACCUUCUCUUCAGAAAAGCUGCUGUCUGGAUAACAUGCUGUGCUACCAUGUGAAUGCCUCUUCCUGCCUCUUUGCAGGGCAGGUGCCAACAGCAUCUGCUCCUCAGGGAGUGGGGUAGGGCUGGAAGCUGCCCCUGUCUGUGUGGAUGGGGUGGAAUUUGGGGCAGAAACCAGCAAUACAGUAUCAACGUGGUUUACAAGAUCAGUCUAAAACUGGAGCAUCUCUGCCAUUGUUGCUGAUAUUGAACCGCCCAGGAUUCCCAAGAACUGUUAGAUGAAUUCUGGGUUUCUAACCUGUAGAAGAAUUUCUUGGAAGGCAAUAUCAAAACUCUUAUCUAGUGAAUUCUCUCUCUAGUGGCCUCCUGGCUGGCUAUGCUCAGACUCCACAUCCCUGCUUUACCCAUCCCACUCUGUUUCUCCUGAGCUCUGCUGCCACAGAGGUGAGUGACAGAGAAUUGACAGGCUGUGAACAGAAACCAGUCCAGAUUCUGCCAUGGACAGAGUCUUCUACCUUCCAGCAGAAGAAAGUACAGGAAAUGUCAAAAAUCACUGGAUGAAAAAGAAGCCCAGAGAGACUGGAAGGGGGACUACCCUUUGACAGAUACAAGAACAAAGCCAAACGUGAGCAUCCACUGAGCUUAUUGACUUUCCACACCCAGUGCUCUCAUGGCUGGCCAGAGAUGUCCUUUGAUCUUUGUUUGAUGCAGCCUCCAUCAAGAACCUCAUGACUGUCCUCCUUCCACAGGGGGCAUUCCUGAGUGCCUUGUGCAUGAAAUUUGUAUUUGCUGUAGGUGAAACAAAGUACUUCACUUCUGAGUAGCCAUUUCUACUGGCUGUAGUAUUCAGGUUUUAUUUUUAUCCAUAGCUGCACUAUUCACAGAUGUUGCUGUGCUGCUGGCAGGCACUGCCCUCCUGACUGUAGAGACCACCUCAUGAUCCUGGGAUGAACAGACAUGUAGUAUAAUAAAAACCUGGUAAAGCCAGAUAGCAGUCACGUAAAUAAGUGAAAAUAGCAAAUAAACAUGAAAACUUUA